AAAGGGGAAAAACAAGCUUCAUGAGAAUCAAGAAGAAUAAAAAAAAACGUUUUUUUUUUGAAAGAAUUUUGAAUUUUUAUUCACUUCAAAAAACUUUUGUACAACCUAAUGCUAAAACUAUUCAAAAUUUUAUGAUGCCAAGAUCAUCUACUACCAAACCAUAUUUCCAUGGCCUGCUCAUGUCUAUUUCCAACUAUCUUUCUUAAAGAUGAAAUCAUAUUUCCAUUAAAAUUAUUUAGCAAACAUUCUAAAACCAUGAAAUUUAUGUAUUAUACAUUUAAUUAAUUAUGAAAUUUCAUCUGUCCACCCUAAUAUCACAAAAUAUCAUCCACUGCUUAAACAUUUUUAACAAGAGUAUAUUUAAUAUGAAAAUUUUAAAUUUCUAAUUUAAUAAUACUAAAUUAAAAUAAAAUUUUAAAUUCUGAAAACCCUUUAAUUAAAACAAAAAAAAAAAGAAAACUUUAAAUUCAUAUCUGAAUAACAUAAUAUUUACAUUUACCUUACUAUCAUGGUUUUAACAGACAAUAACAGUUUCAAGUUUUGACUCGUUUUAAUUCUACGCCGAUAAUUAUAUAAAAAGAAACAAAACCGUUUUAAACUAGAGUAGUCCCAAAUUAACUAUUAGCUUUGGUGUUAUCUCCUAUCUUCGUUGUAAGCUAAAAAAAAACUCUCAACAUUCUUAACCAAAUCCUGAUCAGUUUAAAUACAAGAUGGGUUGAAUACAAUCAUCAUUAUGCUUCUUCUGGGAUACAAUCAGAGAGAACAUUGUUUGAGGAGAUCCAAGAAUAAGAACCCUAAUAUUCUUGGAAGAUUCUUGUAUAAAAAGAAUCAGCCUGAACAAAAACUCAUAAAACCCUGAAAAUGGGGUUGUCUUCUCUGACUGUAUCCAAUAAUAGGAAGCAUAUUGUAGUUGUGUUCAUAAGUUUAGUAUUCAUCUUGAAAAUAUCCUUAAUUUCUUGUGCGAAUCAGGAAAGCCAGAUUUACACGGUGCAUUUGGGUAAGAGGCAACAUAAUGAUCCUAAACUUGUUACUGAUUCACAUCAUGAUAUCCUUGGAUCGCUUCUUGGAAGCAAAGAAGCUUCUCGUGAGUCUAUGAUUUAUAGUUACAGACAUGGUUUUUCAGGCUUUUCAGCAAAACUCACAUCAGCCCAAGCAAGGGAACUCUCAGAAAAUCCGCAUGUUGUUCACUUAACAAGAAGCAAGAAUAUGAAACUAACAACAACAAGGGUUAGUGAUUACGUGGGACUCACUUCAACCGCUCCAACCGGUCUCGUCCAUGAUACCGAUAUGGGAAGCGACACAAUCAUAGGAAUCGUGGACUCAGGAAUAUGGCCAGGGUCAAAGUCAUUUAAUGACAACGGUCUUGGACCGAUCCCGGCACGCUGGAAGGGACAAUGUGUUUCAGGAGAAGGUUUCAACGCGUCGAUGUGCAACAGAAAGGUGAUCGGAGCUACGUACUACGCAAAGGGUAUCGCCAGAAAGUACAAAGGGGCUUUCAAUGCAGCGGAGAGAGACGAGGCCAUGUCGCCUUUGGACAAAAUCGGCCACGGAACACACUGUGCGUCGACAGCAGCAGGUUCUUUUGUCCAAAACGCAAACUUCCUCGGUUUAGGUCAGGGAACUGCGAGAGGCAGUGCCCCAAGGGCCCGUGUAGCCGCUUACAAAGUGUGUUGGAACAACGAGGAGUGUUUCACGCCGGAUAUUUUAAAGGCCAUGGAUCACGCUAUGCGUGAUGGCGUCGAUGUUCUAUCGCUCUCGCUCGGAUCCGAGAUACCGCUUGAUUUCGAGGUCGAUAGGAGUGAUUUCGCUAUCGCUGCUUUCCACGCCGUGAUGAAGGGUAUUACCGUGGUAUGCGCUGGUGGGAACGAUGGUCCCGAAACUCAAACCAUCUCUAACGUUGCUCCGUGGAUUAUAACGGUCGCGGCUACGACCAUGGACCGAGAGUUCUUCACGCCCAUCACUCUUGGAAACAAUGUAACCGUACUGGGUCAAGAAGGUUUAUACAUAGGAGAAGAAGUCGGAUUCACUGAUCUUAUUUACUUCGAUGACUUGACCAAAGCUGAUUUUGAAGCCGGUAAAGCUAAGGGGAAAAUCUUGUUUACCUUCCUAACAGAUAGAUUUACAGAUCAGAUGGCUGAAUUCGCGAAAUCUAAAGGCGUUGUUGGCAUCAUCAUCGCAACAAAGCCCAUUGAUUUGAUCGAACCGGGCACCGCGGGUAUCGCCUCUGCCCGGGUAGACUAUGAAAUUGGGAUGGACAUUUUACUGUAUCUCCAAACAGCCAAAUUUCCUAAAGCUAAGAUCAGCCCAACCAAGACAUUCGUUGGCCGACCUUCAGCGACUAAGGUUGCAAGGUUUUCGUCUAGAGGUCCCAAUUCAAUAUCUCCCGCCAUUCUCAAGCCGGAUAUAGCAGCACCAGGUGUAGGUAUACUUGCGGCCGUACCAACAGGGGCAGGAUACGAGUUCAUGUCAGGGACAUCGAUGGCUACACCUGUCGUAACAGGAAUAGUUGCACUUCUUAAGCAAAAACGCCCUGACUGGUCCCCUGCUGCGAUUCGAUCCGCUCUCGUCACAACUGCAUUUCAAACGGACCCAUCGGGAGAGCCUAUUGCAGCGGAGGGUUCCCCGCGCAAAAUCGCUGACCCCUUUGACUACGGAGGCGGCCUCGUGAACCCGGGGAAGGUGGCAGACCCGGGACUUGUCUACGACAUGGGCCAUGAUGAAUAUGUUCAUUACUUGUGUUCUGCAGGCUAUGAAGAUAUAUCCAUCUCAAAACUACUUGGAAAAGUUUACACUUGCCCUUCCCCAACUCCAUCCAUGCUUGAUGUUAACUUGCCCUCCAUCACAAUCCCAUAUCUUAGUCAAGAGAUCACAAUAACUAGAACCGUGACAAAUGUUGGACCGGUCGGCUCGGUUUACAAAGCUGUGAUCGAACCGCCUCUAGGUAUAAACCUGCAGGUGAGUCCUAAAACUCUUGAGUUCGGUCCCAAUACCAAGAAGAUUACAUUUACGGUGAAAGUCUCCACGACUCAUAGAGUGAACACUGAUUAUCACUUUGGGAGCUUGACAUGGACCGACAAUGGAGUUCACAAUGUCCGAAUCCCUCUUUCUGUGAGAACAAGAGUUUUGAACUUCAAAAUCUAACAAAAUUAUUAAUAAUAUUGAAAAUAUUUUAAAAUAUCUUUGACAAAAGAUAUUUUUAAAAUAUGUGUGUUUGAAUUUGUUAUCUAUCAGAAGCUGUAAAUGUGAAAAAGAAGCAGCGUAUCUUUUACUAUAUAUUAUAUGUUACUUAAUAGUUAAAAUUGUUAUUUGUGAUUUAGGAUUUUGUUUUGUCAAUUAUUGUUCUUUGUUUUUUCAAUUCUUAUAAAU